GACCCGAGUGCGGCGCCGGCGGCGGUGGCGGCCGAGCCCCGGAGGAGGAGGCGGGAGGCGGCGGUGACGGCGCGCGGAGACGCAGCAGCGGCAGCGGCACCAUGUCGGCCGGCGGAGCGUCAGUCCCGCCGCCCCCGAACCCUGCCGUGUCUUUCCCGGCGCCCCGGGUCACCCUGCCCGCCGGCCUGGACAUCUUGCGGACCUACUCUGGCGCCUUCGUCUGCCUGGAGAUUCUGUUUGGGGGUCUUGUUUGGAUUUUGGUUGCCUCCUCCAAUGUUCCUCUACCUCUACUGCAAGGAUGGGUCAUGUUUGUGUCUGUGACAGCAUUUUUCUUCUCCCUCCUCUUCCUGGGCGUGUUCAUCUCUGGUAUGGUGACUCAAAUUAAUGCCAACUGGAACUUCCUGGAUUUUGCCUACCAUUUUGUAGUGUUUGUCUUCUACUUUGGAGCCUUGCUGCAAUCACCAUCAGUGUUAGGAUGGUUAAAACUGAAGCACAAGGAGGUUGACACUCCU